UGAUAGUUGGGAACUAGCCUUUGGUGGCAGAGGCGGAACUACAAAGCCCAGGGACACUUGCGUCCGCGGUGCCCCGGACUGUGAAUGGCUGAGCUUUGCGAAAUCAGAGACAGAGGAAGAAAAAAGAAUCGCAGGAAAAGAAUGGGCAAGUUGGAGGAAAUCGUACGCAUCGCGAAGAAGAUGGAUAAGAUGGUGUCUAAGAAGAACACGAGUGGUGCUAUCGAUUUAUUGAAAGAACUUAAAAGCAUUCCCAUGACUUUGGAUCUGUUGCAGUCUACACGGGUAGGGAUGUCUGUGAAUGCUGUUAGAAAACAAAGCACAGAUGAAGAAGUCACAACACUUGCUAAGUCACUCAUCAAAUCAUGGAAAAAGCUGCUAGAUGGUCCUGCAGGAGACAAAGACACUGAAGACAAAAGAAAGGACUGUUCAUCUUCCUCAAAGAACAUUUCAGACUCAACAGAGCAAAGCUCUAGUAAGAGACCAGAACCAAGGACACCUACUACUCCAAAGAUGACCACAUUCCCUCCAAUUCCUGUUACGAGUGAUACUGUCCGCAAUAAGUGCAGAGAAUUGUUGUCGGCCGCUCUCCAAACAGACAAUGAUUAUGUUGCAAUUGGAACUGACUGUGACCAUAUGGCAGCUCAAAUUGAAGAAAUUGUAUUCCAAGAGAUGGGCAAUACAGAUAUGAAAUACAAAAACAGAGUCAGAAGCAGGAUAGCUAACCUGAAAGAUACCAAAAACCCCAAUUUAAGGAAGAAUGUUCUCUGUGGAAAUAUUUCAGCAGAACAAAUUGCAAGAAUGACUGCUGAGGAAAUGGCAAGUGAUGAAUUGAGAGAGAUUCGGAAGGCUUUAACAAAUGAGGCUAUCCGAGAACGCCAGAUGGCCAAAACUGGUGGUACUGAAACUGCCCUCUUCACCUGUGGGAAGUGCAAGCAGAAGAACUGUACUUACACACAGGUUCAGACGCGGAGUGCUGAUGAACCCAUGACAACAUUUGUUUUUUGCAAUGAAUGUGGUAACCGAUGGAAAUUUUCUUAAGUAUUCAGAAGACUACAUUUGGAGAUGCAGUUGGACCAAUACAUAAAAUACUUAAAUUAUAAAAGAUCAUCAUGUAUAUUAAGUCUCAUUUUGUUAGAUAUAUCACUGUAAAUUAAAUCUUUGCAAGUAUAUUCCUGCAGCCCAGCUGAUGUAAUCUAAACUUGUACUGUAAUUGAAUCUGUUAAUUAAUACAUUGUAUGGUACAAGAAGUUGCAUUUCACUUCACUGUUUUAAAACUUCUUUAUAUAAGUUAGACCUCAAUAAUGAAGUACUAUUGCUAGUAUGGAUCUGCUGAAAUAAUUUUUAAUUAAAACGUGAUUGUCCACAGCAGCCUAUUUUUUUCUAACAUAGUAUGCUUUUCCGUUUCUUUUUGCAUAUUGUACUGAAGUUUUAAAAACCGCAACAAAUAUUUUGUUCCAUAAAAUAAAUAGGUGCAACUCUUGUGUAUUUUAUGUUAUCAGUAAGAUUUACUUUCUACUCAUAGUAAAAUGUUUUGGGAGAAAAAAAAUUACCACAGGCUUUUGGGGAAAAUGGAUGUAAUUGCUUCAGUAUGCCUUUUGUUUAAAGAAAGAAUAAUUUUCUUCAGUUUUCAAUGCACCAUAACUGUUGAAAUGAGACUAGAAUAAGAACAUUUGACACAAAAUGCAUUCCAGUGCCUGAACUAAAGAGAUCACGCAUGAAGUAUUAUGACAACUAGCUCUUGCGGAAGAGGAGUUGCUGUCAUUUUAGGCUUUGAGUUUGAACAUCUAGUGCUCCCUUUUUAUUGAAAUGUUUCUUCUGCUAAUUUUAAUUGAUGGUUUUAGAAACCGUGAGAUGACUUUAUUGCAGUUUAUACAGUUUUCAGUGGUCAAAUGAGAGAGUUAAUUGCAGUGACAUUGUAGAAAUGAGUUGUUUUGACCAGUGAUUCAAGUGGGAGCAGGAAGUUCUGCCCUCGAACCUGCUUCGCCAUUCGAUACAACCUUGACUUCGCUCCACUUUUUUGUGCCUGCUCCCCAUGACUCUUCCCAAACUGUACUAAUUAAAAAAUCUGUCUAUCUCUUAGUAAUUUUAAUGGUGCAGUAUCUACCACACUCUGGGGUAGUGAAUUUCACAGAUUCAUUAUUCUUUAAAAGAAGUAAUUUAUCCUUAUGCAUUUUAAAAUCUGGUACCUCUUACCCUAAAACUUUGACCUCUCGUUUUUGAUUGCCCCACAUGAGGAAACGUCCUUUCUCUGUCGGCUUUUUCAGUCACCUUUUAGCAUCUUACAGACCUCUAUUAGAUUUUUCCUCAUUCUUCUAAACUCCAGAGAGUAUAGCUCCUAAAUUGCUCAAUGCUUCUUCAUAAGCAAACCCCCUCUCCCUGAAAUCAAUGCAGUGAACAUGUGUAUGCGCACAGACAAUCUGAUUUCUUACAUUCCUAUGUGAGAAAAUAAAUGAUAGGUUGAGUAAGGCUGGUUAUGGCAGGGAGUGACCCAAGUUCCUACAGUAAUGCCUCAGGCUUCUGCUGCAUGCAUCCCCCACAGCUCUUUUUGGUGAGAAACAGCCUUAUGUCUAUUUGAGCUACUUAUGAAAAUAUUUCAAGGUCAACUCUUAUACCAUUCAGCAUCCAUGCUGAUUUAAAUUCAUAGUGAGAUUUUUAUAUCGCAAAACAAAAGCACAAAAAUUUGGCCAAGUGUGUCAGUGCUAACUUUUCAACUGUAGCUACUUGCUUCCCUUUCUUACUAUGCUUUCAUGUUUUCAAUUUUACCAUCAAAUUCCCUUUCAAAUGACAGUAUGACCUUUCCUCAAUGGUCACUUUUUUGGUAAAGCGUAUCAUAUUGUAAUACUUUGUCUGUGACAUGAUUUAUUCUAAUUUCAAUGUUUCAAUUAAAAUGUUGAUGGUUGCUGCUUCUGCAAUCAAUAGAAGUAACUUUUUCAUUAUUUACCCUACUUGAAUUUACACUUGGAACAAAGACGACUAUUCCCACCGUUAAUUAUCUGACACGGGGUUUGCAUGCGAUAUAAGAGAUUGUGGUACUCAA